AUGCUGCUGCGGUUCGUCUCGCUGCUGCUCGUCGUCUUCCAAGUUCCAGGACGUGAUCCAGGACAUCUGCAUCGACGAGAGCCUCAUGGAGCGCUGGCUCCCGUGCCGGGGCACCUCGUCGGCGGCGGCUACAACGGGGAAUUCCCCGUCGGAGGUUACUGCUCAUCUGCUCCAAACCCGUCCUCGCGGGGCAUCUUUUCCAUCUUCGGUCGUGACGGCGCCGGCGCGACGAGGAGGAGGAUGCUCCAAGGAAGGCUAGCCUCGGAGCACUGCUCAAACAAGGGACAAGUCCCACUGCUCUCGCUUCCGUCAUUGGAACAGAUCCACGUCUUCAUUUUUGUGCUGGCCAUCACUCAUGUUGUUCUCAGCGCCAUCACCGUGCUCCUGGGCCUUCUUCAGCGUUCAUUCUUCAAGCAAUUUUACGGAUUGCUAACACAGGAUGACUAUGAUGCCAUGAGGCUUGGUUUCUUCUUGGUAAAUCAUGGUGAUGAUGAUACAUGGCUCCAUGCGGUCGACUUCUUCGCGCGCCAGUUGUAUCGCCGCCAGUACUUUCGCAAAUCAGGUCGUCGCCAUUUCGUGCCUUGCUGCUCCCCAUAG